AAAGUGUUUCCUUUUUUCACCGCGUGAGGGCGCUUCAAAAGCAAAGUCAUUGAAAAUUUGAUUCGCUUAUUUUGUGGAAAUGUUGAUUUUAUUUCACCAAAAAUGAAGAAAUCUCAUAAUAAAAUUAUUGGGACUGUGGGCGAACUUCGUUAAAAACUUAUAACAAUGAUUAUUUUUUAAAUCGUAGGCGUUUUGGCUAAGAAAAGUGAAUUCAGUGUUAAAAAGUCAUAAGACUUGUGUCAUCUGUCUCCUCUUCCUUCAAGAUGGCUCCUUCACCGGAGUAUGAUAAGGAACCGAAAGCCCCUGAUAAAGCUGUCGUUAACAUUUCCAGUGACGAUUCGAAAAUUCAGUACAACCACACUAAAGAACAUUCAAGUGCUUCUGAACUUCGGUCUUCAACAGCGCCUUCCAAUAGUGAUGUAGAGAAUAAAAUCGUGGAGAGCCUAGACGACGGACAGUUGCGAGCACUUCUGGAUGAAGCGAUCACCUACAAGUGUCCCAAAGACCGAGAGGGAAAGAGCAGUCUCUUCAAGGAGUUGCUGGAGGAAGUGGAACAAGACGAGGAAGCGUGUGAGGCGGCGGCUCGAGCGGGGCGUGCGGGGAGGCGCGACCAUCACUCAAGUCUGCAAGACCUGGUGGCUGCCAUGGCAGCGGAACCCGCGCCUCGGCGCAGACACCAUCACUCGCACAACGUGUCGGCUAGGACCCACCACGGAGGGAGUUUGCCCUCCGGUGUAGAUAGAUCCUUCCUCUUUAGCGAAGAGCCGACCCGUGGGGCCUACGUGGCCACAGUGCGAUGUGUCAACCCUCCACCUCUCGCCGAACGCCGCGUGUCCGCCAGUGAUGCCAACGGACCCGGUGAUAUCGAACUUGUAACCAGGCGGAGUAAGCCAAUGUUCCCGAUGACGUACACGGCGCGCGCUACCUUGGAGAUCGGCAGUGGCAGCGUGGGUACGGGCCGCGCGGUCACCACCACCACUGCCUCCAACCAGGUGCGUACCACCACUCCCCGCAGUAACCGCGACCUUCCUACAGCUGGCCCGCCCCAGAGGCGUCUCGACACUCCGGCCCUCUACGACCCCUAUGCAGGCCAAAAUAAACUCAUGAAGGCUCUCUGCGUCCGCGAGGAAUCCCCCUGCGACAGUGGUGGUAACGUACGGAAAGAGGCACCCGGUGGAAAGGAACCGCGCGGCUCCGACGCUAAAGAGACGGAAACCGUCGACGUAGAGUGGAAUCGCAGAGUGGAUAUGUGGUACGAAAGCUUGAAACGCUACACGCCACCACUCGAUUACCUCGGCGUUCAGCUGGAUGAAAAUGAGUCAAAGGAUCGUAGCGCUAAAUUAAAGGCUGUUGAUAGUGAUAAUAAAAAUAUAAAUAAUGUUAACGAAAAUAAUAGUCCUAAUGUUGAUAAAAGUUUUAAGGACACAUCGAGGAACAAGCUGGAUAGUAGAGACAGGGUUUUACAUUUAAGUGAUUGCGAAGAAAGUGAUAUUAGCCUAAGAAGACUUCAGAAGGUGGGCAGUGGUUUAGUUACACCAAAUUUAUCAAAGAUAAUAAAUCCAAGAAAUAUUAGAAAUAUGACAAUACAAAAUGCCGAUUCUUUUGAAGAUCUGAAUGAAGAUUGUGAUGCUAAGGAUAAUAUAGUUUUAAAAAGUUCUUCUACAAAAAAAUCGAAAAAGAGAUGUCAAGUCAAAGAUAAAAAAAAUAAAAGUGAUGAAUCACCAAUUAUUCAAACCACAAAAGUUUGUUUAGAACCAAUCAAAAAAAAUGAUACUUUAACAAGCAACAUUUCUACAUGUACGCCUUCACAAAAGAAAAAAGGUAAUUCAGAAAAGGGAAAAGAUCAAGAGAAAGAAAUGAAAAAUAAAGUAUUAGACGAAAGUAGUUCCUGUACUUUGAAUAAUGAUUUAAAAGAAUUAGAAUUUUUGAAGAUAAAUAAAACAGACACAAAUUUGGAGAGUGGCAAAAUUAAACCUGCGAAUGCCUGCGAAAAUAGGUCUUGCUCAGAAGAGCGUUCGGAAGAAGUGCAUCAAUUGGUGGCAAAUGAAUAUGAAAAAGAAAGUAACAUCAAUUUGGCGUCUUCUGAAGAUAAUUUUGAGCCAAUUUCCAAAGAAAAUACACAUAGCGCAUCUCAAGAACACCAGGAUUUCGAAAACAAAUUCAUUGAUUCUAAUAUAUCAGGAAACAGUCCUAGUAAAUCGAGUUCUGAUGAAGUUAUCACAUCAAUCACCGAACAAAAAUUGGUUGACAGCGCAGAAAACAAAUUAGGGCACGAUAUAUUAUAUCAAUUAAGGAAAAAAUAUGGAAUAUCAGAAACAAAAACUGCGCCCGACGCAGCAGAUAAACAUGACAAAAUAUUCUCGAAAAACGACGACAACAAACCAUUUGAUUUCGCCGAUUCCUGUAUCUUUCUAAGCAUCCGCGAGAGCCUACUCAAAUCGAGAUACUUUAUAAAUCAUCCAGCUAAUAAAAUCACCGAAGGCGACAAUGCCAAAGAAACCUCUGUCGAAAAAAAAUCUAAAAAGAAAAAUAAACAGAAAGAUAAAGAAAACCCGGGGCCCGAUAAGAACAAUGCCUCUAAAAAGAACGCUUUAAAAUACCUUCUUUAUAGUGAUUGCACAACUAAUAAGGCCAAAGAAAAAUCUGCAAUCGCUAAUAAGAUCGAUUCCGCUAUUCCAUUCAGUUGCAUCACAACACCAGAGGUUGUGGCCAGUUGCAACACGACGUCUACUACGCAGUCUACGGUCGUCGUGGAUCCAAAGCCACUGCAGUUGGAGUCGUGCUACAACGCCGUGGCCAGCCUCACGGGCAGCCCCCCGGCCCCCGCCGCCGACGCCACUUCCGCCUCCGCGCCCCACGCCCUGCAGUUGUCUCGCAACGUGCUUCCGACGAGCUCCCUCGGCGGCCUGCUCCUCGCCUCCGAAUCCUGCCCCUCCGCCGACGAGAACAAGAAGUCUCUAGACGAAAAUGGAAAUGCUGUCCACGGAUUCAGUUCGCCCGCCUCGGGAUCCAGUCAACAGAAGAAGCCGAGGCGGAAAAAGUCAUCGAAAAACGAGACCGUGAUCAAGUCGCACCAGAUAGACGGCUACCAGGGCAACAAAGACCUCAACGAGGUGUUGCGAUUCAUCGAGUCGAACGCGGACGGCGCGCGAGGCUCCAAAGCGCGCGCCAAGCACAAGGACGACUCCGACGACAAAGGCAAGAAGAGAUGCGCCGACCGUCGCAAGGACAAAGAGAGCAAGGUGAAGCGUGCCUCCUCGCUCGAGGAGCGCUCGCGCACCAAGCUCGAGGACCUCACCGACAAGCCCUCCGCGCACCGCCGACCCGCCGCGCCCCCCGCCAAGCCCGAACGCCGCUCGUGGGGCGACGACGCCCGCGCCGCGCUGCUGCUGCCCGACGACGCCGAGCUGACCGACUUUCAGACGGUCACCAAGCGCCGCAAGCCGCGACGCCGGCCCGACGACGCCGAGCCGGCCCGGCCUCCGCCCUCGCCGGAGCCCCGCGCCUCGCCGUCCGAGCGCAGCAACGACUCGAACGACGAUUUCGACUCGGCGCACUCGCCGCCGCCCGCGCCCGUCCCGGCGCCACCUCCGCCGCCGCCGCCGCCCGCCCUGCCGCCGCCGCACCCGCCCGCCUCGUACGCGGACAUCGCGCGCACCCGCAACAACAUUCCCGAUCUCAUCGAGUCGUGCAACUUCUACGCCGAGGGCGACGAGCCGAAGGAGCAGCCGGCUCCCGACCGGAAGGCCGCCGCCCCCGCCGGCGAGGCCAUGGAGGGCUACCCGGCGCUGGCGGUGCGGCGGCCCCGCGACAAGGCCGGCGGGGGCGCGACGAGGCCCCAGCGCAAGGAGCGGGGCGAAGCGCGAGCGGCGGAGCCGGCGCCGGACGUGGUGGCGGAUCGUCGGCCGCCCGUCAUCUUGUUGGCGGCGGCGGCCAGGGCCCACGGCGACAUGGAGGGCAUCACGUUCGGUUUUGACGUCAACGAGCAGCUGCUGAGCGGCGGAAGGCGCGCACGUUGCGACCUGCUCGAGGGCGUGCCGGUGCGGGCGGGCUGCGCGGCUUUGCGCUACGUGCCGCCCGCGCCGCUGCCGCACGCCACGCACACGCACCAGAUCGUCGACUACGUCGGCACGGCCUGGGAGGACAUAAUCCGUUGCAGUAACGGCAAAGUGCGGUAUUUCAGCGAAUAGAAGCUCCCGUACAGACGCUGCGUUAGCCCUCGAAUAUCGCGUGUGAGUGGUCCAUAUACGAGACUUGCGUCGCUCUGCGUACAUUUGCUUGUAAAUAUGUGCAUAAGUGAGCUAUUUAAUGUCAUGAACCGCAUUUGGUGUCAUUUCUUGGUGUAGUGUUGUCGAGGUGUAUUUUCGUGUUAUGCUGUUGUGUCACGACUUUCAGUACUUUCCAGUCGCCCAGGCCGCGGCGACUCACUUCCAAAGAUAGAACUCUACACUUGUACGCGGUAUGGUUUCUUCAAUUCAUCACUGAAGGUCUGAAUGACGUCACUAGUUAACCUAGUCAUUCUUGUUAACGUAUGAACUCUGGCGUGUCGUGAUACAACAAGUUAGCUUAAGAUGUGAUUAAAUUUCGUUUUACCGAAUGGCGUGAUUCGGUCUUCGUUUUUGUUAUAUAAUCACAAUUAUGCGAUUAAUUCUCUCUAUUAUAACUAGAUACUGAUAUCCUAAUUUGUUAUGUAUUUUUUAAGUUAUACUUUUACACAGAAUUUGGUUUAUUGUUUGAGCUUGAUUGUACUGAAUGGUGCCAGUACGAUUCCGCCGAAGGUCGGUAAUAGAUGUUAUUAUCGUCGUAAGAGAUUCAUAAUUAACAGGAUUUAUUUCAUCGGCUAUUUACACGUAACCCUUAAUUUGCUUCAACAUACUUUACUAACUUUGUGAGAUCAUUGUCGUACAGGCACCGUGUGUAUAUUUUAAAUUUUAAGAAUACAUUUAUUUUUUAAUAGAGAAAUAUAGUCUAUACUUCGUUGAUAUAAAUUAUACAGAUAACAAAAUAAUUCUUUUAUAUUUUGAAAGAAUGGGGGAUAUAGCAACUUACAACUGUAUCCUAUUAUUCUUAGUUCUUCUACUUAACGGUUAUUUAAAAUGGCCACAAACUCGAUAUGUGUACGUCCGAAGUGCGUACCAACGUAUUUACCAACAUUCGUUAAUACUAAAGUAUUCCUGCGUCUCUUUUCAUCGCAGCCUAUACACAAUUAGUGAUGUAAACGUACACGUAAUGGUACCUUUGGCCGUUUAAAUUCCCUGAAAAGUAAGCAAAAAGAGGUAAACAUUUUUGGGCAAUUCAAUUUAUUAUUUAUGACUAAAGCAUAAAGUGCCCCAAGAAGAAAGGUUUCAGCAAUUUUUUUAAACAUGGCUAAAUUUAAACAUUACAAAGCUUAGUACUGCGAAUAUCCCCCAUUUUUUUAAGCAUGAAUGGUAGGAUUCACGAUUUUUGUUAUCCUAUAAAUCUAUCAAUCUCCUGGAGUUUUUAAUCGUUCCCAUAAGAUUCUUUUUACAAUAAAGAAUACCAGAGGUUGAUAACAUACCUCAGAAAUCGUGUCGAUACCUCAUAUAAUAUCUAUAUCAUUCGAAUUUUGCCCUCAUUUUUAAACUAAAUAUAAACCACGAUAAUAAAAAAAUUUCGUUAUCAAAGCUAGUCGAAUGUUCUCCUAAAUUCGAAUCCUUUUCAAUAUCGCUAUAGUCUUAGUGUAUGUUAGUAUAAAUCGUGUUAAUAUGUCAUAACAUAAAUUAUUAAAAUAAGUAUAUAAAUGUGAAAUUAUGUAAAUAAAGUUCAGUCAUUAAGAAAACAUUACUCGAUUGGUGUGUUUCGUGUGUUUCUAAAGUAUUCACUUUUCUACAAAAAAUGUCUUAUCACCAAUACUUUGCUUUUCGAAACUGCAUUUAUAACAUGUAGGUCGUCUGGUUGCUAUAUUUUUAAUCUAGGUGUAUCGUAGGCCGAUUCAUAUGUAAUCAGAAAAUAGUUACCAGAUAAGCGGCACAUUUAGCUGAUGAAAAAUACACCGCUGACAUGGACUUAAGGCAAAUUCGGAGACAAGCGCGACUGGUAUGUCAAAAUCGAAAAUAUUUUUGACGUAUAGUAGUCAGACCAAGCGCUACUCUUAAACUCCCCUCGAGUAUUGAGUAGUUUUCAGUUGUUUUAAUAAUUAAAUUAGCUUAAGACUUGGAAACCUGACUGAAAUCCUAUUUAUUUGAGAGGCAAAAUUGACCCAAACAGGCUUAACCGCUUUCGAGUCAACGAUUGAAGCUCUUGUUUUCUAUUUUUAUUUAACAAUUUAAUUAGAAAUGAGCUGCUAACGUCGGUAAUUCACACUGCUGGCAGUUGUGGCAAUGAAAAUCAGAAAAUAUUGUGACGAAUUAACCUACGCACUGAUGUAAUAAGAAGUAAAAACACGAGUGUUUUUACUCGGUUAUUUGAAAAAAAAAUAGUAAGAUUUACAGUCGAGGCUAAGCGCUAAGUAUGACUCCCGAGUGUCAGAAACAUUGGAUAUUGACAUAUUUAGCCGUAAGUCGCGACUCUAAAUCUUACCUUUAAACGGCCCCCCUUAAUUUACGUUUUAGAAACCGUUCACCGUUUGAAACGCAUUUUACUGCCCGGAAUGUCUGAGAUUUUAAUUCAAUAUAAGAUUUUUGAUGCGUCGUGGUAACUUGUGUUAUUGCCUCCUGUAUUGUGUGAAAAUGUAAAAUAAGUUACCGAUAUUAUUGAUGUACUUUUAAAGGUUGGAUUCGUGAUCUUGCUGUAGAACAUUGUGUACAUAUUUCCAUCGUUAAAUUAUUAAAGCACUUAUUUAAAAAUGCUGAUGACAAUGUCCAGCAAUUGUACGACCCGUUUACUCUAAGCGUAAAAUACAGAGUUGAGACUUAAGAACUGUGACUUCCGUAUCUCAAAAUAUACAAGGUUUUUGACGUACGAGAGUCAUACUUAGCGCUUAGUAUUGACUUUGAAUCUUACCCUUAAAUCGGCUUUGUAACCGAGUAAAAGAAAACGGGUCAUUUAGUCGGUCAACUUAAGACUUAACCUAAGAACUACAAAGCUUUGACUUCUUCAUGUAGCUGUCGCUUCGUAAAGUGUAGUUUCAUUUCAUACUUUGCUGUGUUUCGUGUUGAGGUUUUUAUCAAUUACCUUGACAAAUGCUCAUAUCAAAGGUGUAGAAAUAUUAUUUAUUAUUUCUUUCCCUUGUAAAAUAUGUAAAUAGAUUUGCAAAACUAAUUUUUAUCAACGUUAUUAUUUACUUUAGAAAACUGAGCGAAUUUAGUGAGAGCUAUAUUUUUAACGUUUCGGCCAUGCUAAUUUCUUUUGGAGUUUAUUUAAAAAAAUCAUAAAAUCUGGUGUUACAAUAUGUACUUAAAAUUAAAAACAGUGGUUUAGGAUUUAGAACAAAUUUAGCUCUUCGCUAUUUUACGUCUUAACAAAAAGCCUUAAUUUAACUGCAUACUUUACGAAAGGUCUUCGAUAGGUUAAAUUAUUUAACAAUAAAGCGCGCUCAGGUAGUUUAAUUCGGUUUGUAAAAAAGAUGUCGCUUUCCAAAUAUUGGCGCUAUCGGCGAAGUGUAUAUUACGAGAUAUUAACUAUUUCUAUUAUCUAAAUGUCUGUAGCCUAACCCGACCAGUUAUGUCGAUAUGGAUGUUGACAAAUAAGGGGAAAUCUAUAUUUCUUUCACCUACUUGGCCGAAAAGUUUAUAUAUUCAAAUCGACAUUAUUGAAUGAGGCAACAGAUGCUAUUUUAUAUUUUAAUUGUAGAGAAAAGUAAACCGCUUUAUGUAUCGAACUCGCGAUCCUAUAUUUUUACUCUGUUUCUUAGUUAAAUAAAAUACCGCCAAUGAUUGUCGUAGUAAAUUACCAUAGUUAUAAUACUAUCCUCUAGAUUUAUUUUUCGGACAGAGUAAAAGUGUAGACGUUUUGAACUGUAAAUUAUUUUGUUUAUAAGCAACACUGUAACCAACUACAAUUUACAGUUAUGUACUUUUUCACUGUUUCCGUUUUCUUAAUAAAAAUGUUGAAAUGAUUAAA